AGAAGUGCUGGAUCCCAAAGAGCUCAGAAAGGGAAGAAGUCUUAUUCAUGUUCAGAAUGUGGCAAAUGUUUUACUCAGAAAUCAAAUCUUGAGAGGCAUCAGAUAGGUCACACAGGGGAGAAGCUGUAUUCAUGUUCAGAAUGUGGCAAAUGUUUUACUCGAAAAUCACAUCUUGAUAAGCAUCAAAGACAUCACACAGGGGAGAAGCCAUAUUCAUGUUCAGAAUGUGGCAAAUGUUUUACUCGGAAAUCACAUCUUGAGAGGCAUCAGAUAGGUCACACAGGGGAGAAGCUGUAUUCAUGUUCAGAAUGUGGCAAAUGUUUUACUCGAAAAUCACAUCUUGAUAUGCAUCAAAGACAUCACACAGGGGAGAAGCCAUAUUCAUGUUCAGAAUGUGGCAAAUGUUUUUCUCAGAAAUCAAGUCUUAAGAGCCAUCAAAGACAUCACACAGGGGAGAAGCCGUAUUCAUGUUCAGAAUGUGGCAAAUGUUUUACUCAGAAAUCAAAUCUCGAGAGCCAUCAGAAAAUUCACACAGGGGAGAAGCCGUAUUCAUGUUCAGAAUGUGGCAAAUGUUUUACUCGGAAAUCACAUCUUGAGAGGCAUCAGAUAGUUCACACAGGGGAGAAGCUGUAUUCAUGUUCAGAAUGUGGCAAAUGUUUUCCUGAGAAAUCAAAUCUUGAGAGGCAUCAGAUAGUUCACACAGGGGAGAAGCUGUAUUCAUGUUCAGAAUGUGGCAAAUGUUUUACUCAAAAAUCACAUCUUGAUAUGCAUCAAAGACAUCACACAGGGGAGAAGCCAUAUUCAUGUUCAGAAUGUGGCAAAUGUUUUUCUCAGAAAUCAAGUCUUAAGAGCCAUCAAAGACAUCACACAGGGGAGAAGCCGUAUUCAUGUUCAGAAUGUGGCAAAUGUUUUACUCUGAAAUCCCAUCUUGAUAUCCAUCAAUUACAUCACACAGGGGAGAAGCCGUAUUCAUGUUCAGAAUGUGGCAAAUGUUUUUCUCAGAAAUCAAGUCUUAAGAGCCAUCAAAGACAUCACACAGGGGAGAAGCCGUAUUCAUGUUCAGAAUGUGGCAAAUGUUUUACUCUGAAAUCACAUCUUGAUAUCCAUCAAAGACAUCACACAGGGGAGAAGCCGUAUUCAUGUUCAGAAUGUGGCAAAAGUUUUCCUCGAAAUUCAAAUCUUGAUAUCCAUCAAAGACAUCACACAGGGGAGAAGCCAUAUUCAUGUUCAGAAUGUGGCAAAUGUUUUUCUCAGAAAUCACAUCUUAAUAUCCACCAAAGACAUCACACAGGGGAGAAGCCAUAUUCAUGUUCAGAAUGUGGCAAAUGUUUUACUCUGAAAUCACAUCUUAAUAUCCACCAAAGACAUCACACAGGGGAGAAGCCAUAUUCAUGUUCAGAAUGUGGUAAACGUUUUGCUGAUAAAACAACUCUUCAUAACCAUCAGAGAAUUCACACAGGGGAGAAGUCGUUUUCAUGUCCAGAAUGUGGAAAAUGUUUUGCUAGGAAAAAUCAUCUUGCUGAGCAUUUAAAAAUUCACACAGGGGAGAGGUCAUUUUCCUGUCCAGAAUGUGGAAAAUGGUUUACUCGGAAAGCAAAUCUUGUUAAUCAUCUGAAAUCUCACACAGAGGAGAAGAGAAGUGAUAUUAAUGGCCAGAACGUGUUUUACUAA